AUGAAAAGGCCAGAACGAGAAGACAGUUUCAACUCCAUGGACAUGAUAUCCGAUUUGCCGAAAGACAUCUUGCAGAGAAUACUUUAUUUCCUCUCUCAAGAAGAUGCUGUCCGAACAUCUGUCUUGUCAAAAUCAUGGCGUAAUAUUUGGUGUACUCGCCCCAAUCUCGAUUUUUCAAUCUACGCAUUCAAAGAGAACAAACAAGAAUUUCUAACGGCUGUGGACAAGACUUUACAGCUAUACUGUUAUCAAAGUCUGUGCGUAGAGGAAUUUCGCCUUUCGAUAUUGCUAGACCGUGAUUUUUACGAGGAAUCGAUUUCGCUUCUCGAGAAAUGGAUCCCAUUGCUCACAAAUAUGGGUACGAAGGAGUUCCGACUUUGGAUUGGUACGCAAAGCUAUCCGGGCGUUAUGCAUCUGCCGCCUGUAGUCUUUGAAGCUGAACCACUCAAAGAUUUGCGUGUGCGGGGAUUCAUGUUGGACCGAAAGGCUAUUCGAAGAAUACAACUCUUGAAGAAUUUAAGAAUACUUCGUCUCAAACAAGUCUUCAUCAGUGACGACGAUAUUGAUUCUACCAUCAAAACCCAUGCCCCGUCUCUUGAAAUUGUCGAUUCUGAUGAAUGGAAUAUUCCGUUGCUCAAAGGAGGAGGACUUUUGUAA